AAGGGGUCGGUAACCGGCCGUAGUCGUCAUCCUCGAACCGCGUUUGAAGCGCAAACGGCAAGGCACUCGCGCGUUGUUCACGACUCGAUCAAAACGCACACGUCUUGUCGUCGUCGUCGUCGCACAUAUUAUUUCGACCGAUUUUGAGAUGUCGUCGAACGGUUGUGCUCUGGGUGAAAAAAUGUCGUACGAAGGAGUAAGCAAGUGGUACAGCGGUCGUUCGGUGUUCAUCACUGGAGGUACGGGCUACAUGGGCAAAGUGCUCAUUGAAAAGCUGCUAAGAGAUUGUGGCGACAUCAAGUUCAUUUAUGUACUGUGUCGUCCGAAGCGAGGUUUUAGCCCGGCCAACAGGAUAGAGCAAAUAAGGAAAUUAGCAGUGUUCGACCGCUUGCGUAUCGAGUGUCCGGAGAAAUUGAAGAAAAUCAAAGCGAUGGAAGGUGAUCUGGGCCAACCCGGACUUGGGCUGAGUGACGAAAACAAGUCGAUACUUUUCAACGAAGUGUCAAUCGUUUUUAACGGGGCGGCGUCGUUACGUUUGGAAUCCGGUCUGAAGGAUGCGAUAAGACAUAACACAACUGGAACGAAACACGUGUUGGACUUGGCAGUUGAAAUGAAAAAUUUAGCGUCGUUCGUCCACUUGUCCACGGCUUUCUGUCAUUGCGAAUUUGACACACUCGACGAAACGAUUUAUCCAUCGCCGGCCAAUCCGGAGGAUGUCAUGCGCGCUGUUGAAUGGAUGGACGAUCAUACGCUUGAAAUCAUCACUCCUAGAUUGCUGGGGCCCCAUCCUAAUUGCUACACGUAUUCUAAAAGGUUGGCGGAAUCAUUGGUCAGCCAAUAUGCUAAUCGGAUUCCAAUAUCUGUGGCCCGACCAUCGAUUGUGACGCCUUCGUUCAAGGAGCCCGUUCCCGGAUGGGUGGACAGCUUGAACGGUCCGGUAGGAGUCAUCGUGGCUGGCGGAAAAGGUGUGAUCCGAUCCGUGUUGUGCAGUCCGGAUUACGAAGCGGAAGUAGUGCCCGUAGAUAUUGCGAUUAACGCUCUGAUUUUGAUUGCUUGGAAGAGAACCAUAAUCAAUGUUGAUGUAAUGGACGAUCCGGUGCCGUGUUACAAUAUAUCCAAAGGAGACAUUGUUCACCUGAAUUGGGGCGAAGUGUUGGCCAAAGGAAAACGGUACGCGUAUGAGUAUCCAUUCGACGCCGGUCUGUGGUACCCUAACGGAUCAAUGAGGACCAACAAACUGAUGCACUAUUUCAUAGUGUUUUGGCUGCAGGUCGUGCCGGCCUACUUGAUCGACGGCAUCAUGGUGUUGGCCAGGCAAAAGACAUUCAUGGUACGAGUUCAGAAAAGAAUAGCGGUCGGUAUGGAAGUGUUGCAGUACUUUACCAUGCGUGGUUGGAACUUCAAAAUCGAAAAUACUAAAGCAUUAAUAAACGGUCUGAAUGAAGAGGAUAUGAAUAAAUUCUACAUUUCAAACACCGAGAUUGAUAUUGAAAAGUAUAUGAUCCAAGUUUUAUUGGGUGCUCGUCAGUAUUGCAUGAAAGAGCCUUUGGCAAAUCUGGACCGGGCGAGGUUCCAUUUAAAACUGCUGUAUUGGUUGAAUAUGGUCACACAAGUGUUGUUCGGAUUUUUCCUCUUGUGGGUGUUUGUACGUGCGUUCGAUUCUUUCAAGUUUUUGCUGGACUCAAGUACGAGUUCGUUCACAAACGUGCCGAUCAUUGGGUCGUUAAUACCAAAGUGAUGUACACCGAACAAUCAAAAUAUCAAUAUCACUUAAUCGCAAUAUUGUUAUUGUGAAUAGAUUGCAUGCAUAAUAAUUUACACACAAUCAUUAUAUAUUUUUUUAUUGUACACGACAUAUUUUAUUACUGUGGUAGAGAUGAUCAUUUAUAUUUUAUAGAUAUUAUUAUAUAAUAUUAUGUACGCGGAUUGUGUGGCUGAUACGACAAGUCAUGAUUAUUUUUUUAGUUUGUUAUUUUCUUCGUGUGGUUUUUUUAUUUUUAAUUUUACUUUUAGUAGUAUAAUAUUAUAAUAUAUAAUAUAUAUAUAUUUUUUUUUAUAUAAUAGUAAAUGUAAUCACACUGCAGUUUGAUUGCAAUUUACAAUGAUUCAUGGGAUUUGAAUAAUUAUUUAACUUAUUAGUAUUAAAAUAUAACAUAAAUAAUCUAAAACAAAUUAAA